AUGCUCGUGGCGCAGGCAGCCUUGCUCAAAGUCAGUCUGGACUCCAGAGUAAGAGAAGUUAUUAACCGAAAUAUGCUGGAACCCUCACAACACACCUUUGAUGACGCACAGCUUCAGAUUUAUACUUUAAUGCACAGAGACUCCUACCCACGAUUUAUGAACUCUGCUAUUUAUAAGAACUUGCUUCGGUCCUUAUCUGAAAAAUCUGUUGAAGCAUAG